GAGGGUCCAGAUAGGUUGGGGGCGGUCUGUGAUCUGUUCACACGGCCAUCUAAUAGCAGCUGAACGCUGAGCCAGCAGUCCAAUGCCCGCCUCUCUCUACUGGUGUGCGGUCACCACUCUGAAAUGAGCUGCAGUGACCCGAAUGAAUGAGUGACAUCAUGGAGAAUCUGAUGCUGCUUAUUUUGGACUGAUUAUUACAUAACAGGCCACAAUGACUUUCACAGUUGAGCUGCCUGGCAGCAGCCAUUUGGUGAAGGUGGCAUGUGGUCAUCAACUUUCAGUUGAGUGGGUUCUGACUGCACUAAUCACAGAGUUUACAGGGUUAUAGCCCAGUGCAGCCAGAGAAGACAAGAUGCCCAGUCACCUAAUCGUGCAGAGCUCCAGUGCCUCCCUCGUGUUCAUCCUUCUGAGUUGGUCUUCUGGUGGCGCUGCCGAGUAUACCUCCAAGAGCGAGUCAGACUACGAUUUCGGAGACUACCGAGGAAAGUGGUGCUUGGAUGACAGUGGUUUUGUGUACAACAUUGGAGAGAGAUACUACCCGUCAGCGACAGCGUGCCCCUGCAUGUGCACUGAAGAUGGACCGGUUUGCGUGAAGCCCAAGUGCCCGCGUAUCCAUCCCCGCUGCACCCGCAUAAGCUACCGCUCCUGCUGCCCAAGGUGCGAGGCAAUCCGCAAUGUCUGCGAAUACAGAGGGAGGACGUACAAGCUGCUGGAAGAGUUCAUGCUCUCGCCCUGUGAACGGUGCCGCUGUGAGGCAAAUGGCCAAGUCUACUGCACCAUAGGCGAAUGUCCAUCUCUGCAUUGUGUCGACCCCACCUACGAGCCGGACCAGUGCUGUCCAGUCUGCAGAAAUGGGCCUAACUGUUUUGCUAAGAACACUAUCAUUCCAGCAGGCGUGAGAGUGGAGAUUAACGCCCGGAUGCUGUGCUUCUGUUCCUAUAAAGAUGGCACUUGGGAGCUGCACCACCAAGCAACCUGUGUGCCACGUGUGAGGGGCAAUGGAGGCCGAAAGGAGCAGAAGGAGGUUCAGCUGGUCUCAGAAACAGAAGGAAUGCCAUAGGUUAUGACGACCGCCGGCUCUCGCCCACUCCUACUCUUUCCUUCUUCCCCCCACCAGGCAGGCCUCAACUGGUGCCAGACUUUCAUCGGGCAGCACACUUCGCCAAAAACCCCUGCUGCUGUACUAAAUAUUUGAAAAACGGAUGAACACGGAACAGGCUGGCUGUUACCACAUGAGCGUCUUCCAUUGUUGUAUCUGAGAAGAUGCCUGCCUGGGGCGGCAGAAUCUGCUCUGUGAAGUCAUGCGGUGAGAGGAGCCGGGUGGGUUGUAAAUAUUUGUGAACAUUAGUUGUCAUUAGUGUCGCAUUGGAGAGAAGUUUACAUCUGUGCUGGCGUUCCUCAUUACCCCAUAUCCCGUAUAUUGCUCACUGUGAAAGGCGCAAUAUCAAAUAAAGACUGGCUGAGUGACAUCAGCACGCAUGUCUUUGGUCA